CCCAGACACAGAUCAGAUUUCAAUGAUGACUUUAUCGUAUUAUUUUCUUAUUGGUUAAAACAUCAUCCGCUAUUUUCUGCAUCUCCUGUUCUGCUGUAUUGCGUUCAGCGAAAUAAAAUCAGUCAAAUUCACGCCUUUCAAUAUGCGAACAAGCGUCACGACGAAGAUCUUUGCUCUGUUUUGUGUGUUUCUUCUUUAUGGGACUUUGCCUUCACUUCAAGCAGAGAAACACUCGCUGUAUUACAUUUACAUGGCUUUGUCCAAACCUGUCGAUCUGCCGGGCAUCUAUCAGUUCACUGCUAUGGGUCUGCUAGACGACUUACAGAUCGACUAUUACAAUAGUGAGGAACAGAAGAAGAUUCCCAAACAGACCUGGAUGAAGGAGAAACUGCAGGAGGAUUACUGGGAAAAAGGCACCCAGUCGAGAAAGAGCAAAGAACAGUGGUUUAAUGUGAACGUCGACAUUCUGAUGAAACGCAUGAGACACAAUGAAUCAGAUCUUCAUGUUCUUCAGUGGAGACACGGUUGUGAAGUUGAGCAGCAGGGAGAUGAAGUGAAGUUUUCCAAAGGCAUCAGUGAGUAUGGCUAUGAUGGAGAGGACUUUCUGUCUUUUGAUAUGAAAGAGUCUCAGUGGGUCGCCUCAGUCGAUGCAGCUCUACCAACCAAGAGAAAAUGGGACAAUGUCCCAAUCAUAAACCAAUACACCAAAGGCUACCUGGAGAAAGAGUGUGUGGACUGGCUCAAUAAAUUCAGAGAAUAUGGAGACAAUGAGCUCAGAAAAGCUUCUCCUCCAGAUGUUCACGUGUUUGCAAGGAAAUCCAGUGAUGAAUCCAAGCUGAAACUCACCUGUAUGGCCACCGGUUUCUACGCCAAAGACAUGAUGAUGACCAUUAGGAAAUAUCGCACAUCUCUGCCCGAAUAUGAGGUUGAAUCGACAGGAAUCAGACCAAACCAUGAUGGGACCUUCCAGAUGAGGAAGAGUGUGGAGAUCCAGGAGAAUGAAAAAGCAGAAUAUGAUUGUUUUGUGUCCCACAGAACCUUCAAAUCAAUUAUCGUAAAACUGGGCAGGACAAGCUACUGAAUCACUGAAUGCUGAAACACCUGCUGCAGGAUGAGAGAGAGCUGGUGAAACAUCGGAGAGCAGUGUGACUGUCUGUCUGGAGAAAGUCUUUCAAAAUGGUAACUCUAUUUUAAAUGGAAUAUCAGUGUGUCUGUUUCUACAUUGGAGAAAUCUCAUUUACAUUCAGUGCAGUUUACAAGAGUUUUUAUGAAUUUCAUGCGUGUUUUUCAUGCAGAAGGUUGUGUACCGCUGUGCUAGUGUGCAUCACGUAUGAUGUAUAAUACACUGACCAGCCAUAACAUGAAAACAACUCUGUUGCUGCCCCGGAAAAACAAACUGCAUCCACUGUUCACGUAACGCUGGGUUCUCUGGGAAGCUGAACAAGGGUAUCUUUCCCUCAGAACCAAAAACAUACAACUUUUGAUUCUUCUCGAGCAAGUCCUGUGCAGUGUUGCCGACGACUUCCGUAAAUGAAGCGCGUUGAUGGGCGCACUCUUGCUCUCACUCCAGUUGAUGUGUGCGCGCGCUCUUCCGGGAGAAGUGCCCAUACAAGAAACAGAUGGUGCUUCUAUAUGCAAGGCCAAUACAAAGGCUUUUCUACACAGUUGUCCAAAGUGUCACCAAAUCAAGUGCAUGUUUGGUGUUAUGUGCAUGUGCUCAACCUUGUUCUGGCUGACACAACCCAAACAGUAAUAGAAUGUGGAUCAUUUUUUGCAGUGAUGUGAGGGGUAGGUUUAGGUGUAGGGCGAUUUAAAAAUAAAAAAAAUACAGUUGGUACAGUAUAAAACCAUUAUGCCUAUGGAGAGUCCCCACAAAAUAGCAAAGCAGACAUGUGUGUUUGUGUGGGCACAAGCAUAGUGGGCCAGUCUGGAUGAUGUCCAGGGCUGUUUUUUUGUCCCAGUCCAGCCCUGUACAUGACCCUGACACUGGUUCACCUCUUGCCAUUCAUUGCAUCACUUUUGGUAGAUACUAACCUCUGCGGACUGGGAACAGCCCACAAGACUUUUGGAGACACGAUCCAUUUGUGUAGCCAUUUCUAUCUGGCUCUUGUCACACAGAUGCUUGCCCAUUUUUCCUGCUUCCAACAUAUGAAAUUCAAGAACUGACCGUUUACUGCCUAAUACAUUCCACCCCACGAUGGGUGCCACUGUAAUGAUAUAAUCAGUUAUGCACUUCAGCUGUCACAAUAUUGUGGCUGAUCAGUGUAGCCAGAUUAUCAAUAAAGAUAAAAAAACAUGAAAGAUUUUUGUUGUUUUGUAUAUUGCUGAUUUUCUUUAACCUUAUCCAAUUACUUCUGUUCUCAAAUCAAGAAUUUUUAAAAUAGAAUUACAUAAAGGUGAUUGUAGGAUUCUUUUGAACUGAAAUCCAGCCUAUGGGUUUUCCAGUAGAGGAUCUUGUUUGAUCCCAUUAGGAUUACUUUUGCAUUUGGGAUUUUGUGAUUAUCACAACAGAUUCAGUCUACAUGGUUAUUUCUGUAGCUGAAAUGUUUAAUGAGCUUCACCCACAUGAUGCUGCUUUCUCAUUCAGAUUUAUCACAUUUAAAUUGGUGAAUAGUUAUUUAAUUUAAAUUUUAUUGCUCUUUACUGCAGAGAAACACUCGCUGUAUUACAUUUACACGGCUUUGUCCAAACCUGUUGAUCUGCCGGGCAUCUAUCAGUUCACUGCUAUGAACUGCUAUGAACUGAUAGAUCAUUUACUAUUUGUCAUAUACAGAAGGAAAGACAAGUUAUAAUGUAAAGAAGUAUGCCAGUCAUUCAUUAAUGUUAAUGAUAUAAGAAUUUCAAAAGAAAAAUAAAAUAAAGAUAGCAUUUUUUUUUUUUUUUCAGUUUCAGUAUUGUUAUAUUUUUUAAUGUUAGUAAGUGGUGUUAAAAAUGCUAUGUGCAUAAUGAGCUGGUGGGUUUAUGGUGUGGUGUGUUGCGGAUCGGGUGUGGUGGGCCGCUCUGUGCCAGAAAGUCCAGGGCCUGCAUAUAUUUAUAAUAAUUAUACAUUUUAUUAAAAAAUAAUUAUAAUAAGAGAAGCAAAACCAAGCACUUGUAUUCCUUUAUCAUUAUUCUUUUGUUUUUAUUCAGCCAUUAGCCUUUAUUCUGCCAUUAAAAGGUUUACCAAGCCACAUCGCUUCAAUCCCAGUAUACAUUAACCCAACUAUUAUCAAAAGUAUUUCUAAAGAAAAAUACAACAAAACAUUUUCUUAUGGCCUUACGUCAAUUAUUAUGACAAAAUACAUCAUAAAGAAGACCUGUUCUGCAGCUGCAUUGGAGCUAAUAUUAGCAUCAAGCUUCAUAAGACAAUUUAUGAGAUUAUUAGUACACUUUUACUCAAAACUGACUUUAAACCACCAUCAAGUGUUUGUAAUAACUUCCUUUUGCGAUCACAUGUGGAAUUUGGUCAUUUACUGUUGUUAAAAUAUGCUAUUUAUAGCCUUUUAUAUUGCUGCACAAAUUAGCAUUUCAGAUGUACACAUUCUUUAUUGUUAUGAAAACACCCCAAAUCUCAAGAAAAUCACAUACAAACCAUAUACAAUCGUAAUUGUCAGUUUAUUAUUUGGAUAUUUCGUGGGUACAGAGGUUUCUGUGUUUGCUCUGGCCAAAUUUUUUCUUUUUUCUUUUAUUAAUUUUUGAACAAAUACAGAACAAAAGUGCCAAGGGUACACAUAAAAAGUACAUAUUAACUAUACAUUUAUGUAUAAAAUCAAAAAACAAAUUAAAAUAAAAUAAAAUAAUGAAAGGCCUUACUAAAUCAAAAUAACUUAAUAGAUAUACCAAAUAGAUACACAGUUUUAACAGCUUUUUUUGUUUGUACUCAACUUAAUGGUGCUUAUAUAGAUAUCUAAUUCCUUAAGUACCAAUGAAAAAAGAGGUUUCUGAUUGCUGAAUGAUUGCUAUUUACAUCUAUAUCUUCAAUAAAUCUGGUUAAAAAAAAUGCUUAGCAGGGUAACAUUUAUGCAGUAUCUUAAAUUAAAUUUCUUUAAUUUUAUUUGUAAUGAGAUAUUUAUUAGGUAAUACCAAAACUUUCCUCCAAUUAAUAUUUCUGAUAAACUUAGACUAAUAGAAAAUAGCACUUGGCUCACUAACAAUUUCUUUUUGAAACAAACGUAUAGCCUUAUUACAUUUUUUUUUUUUGCUAGAUGGAAAAACAAAUUUUGCCACAGAAAGUAUCAGCAGGGUGAAGUAAAGAAGCAUGUUUAGAGUAUGACAUACCUCUACAUAAAGACACGAUACUAGAAGAGAUAGCUCCAAUUACAGAGGCAUAUUCUUUUGGGGUUUGCUCUGUCAGAUAUCAACAUGGAAGAGCACGACAGGAUGUGACGGGGCGGGAUAUGAGACGCAUAUUUGAUUGACGAGCAAUGAAUCAGGUUUCAGAGAGUCAUAGCGCGAGCACGGAAGAGUAAACACACACAGGGACAGCCCAGGGAGCUGCUUCAUCAGAUCGUGUAAAUCAGUGGAAAAUGAAUAGAAAUGAUGAUUCUGUUUUACUGUACAUACUGUACAUUGUAUUCCCUCAAACUCAUAACUGUUAAAUUUAUUUGUAGCCAAGUACUUCUUACACUCUCUAAAAGGAUGUGUUGAAAACAACACAACCCGUGUUGUUUCUUAACACACCUGUGUCUAGUUAAGAACAACACAUUUUGUGUUACUUUUAACUCAACUAAUGUGUUAUUCUUGGUAACACAGAAAGUGUGUUGAAAAUUUUCUACACACUAUGUGUUAUAGUUACAGUUUGUGUCAGGUAUGUGCUAUUUGUGUGUAAUUUUUUUAAUCCAACUUUGUAUGCAAUAAAAACACAGCAAACUGGCAUAUAGUUUAUACAGGAUUUAUUAGACCAGCUACAUUUACAUAAAAAGUAAAAAUUCAAAAAAGAAAAAGAGUAAACAAUCAAAAUAUAGUAAUUAAAACAUUAGAAUUGUUUCUUGAGUGAAAAGUUGCUUAAAGGGAUCCCCGGGUAUUAAGACAUGUAUAGCUUAAUAUAACGUCAAUGACGUCUCUUAUUUAAAUAUGUAGUAAAAAACCCCAUGAAAAUGUAUGUUAUUUUUAAAAAAAUGACAUCGUUUUUUUUGGACUAUGGGGGGUGCCAUUAUUUUACGUGCACAGUACAUUCUGCGUUGAUAACGUCAAAUGGUUGCACUUGGUCAGCUACUGCCACUUUUUACCGCAACACAACUCAGAAAAUAAAAUACUAAUACGAUACCACAUUGUGUGGCUUUUGGUUGUAAUUUUCAGUCGAAGGGCAACAAAAGAAGCGAUGUAAUGUAAGACUUCACUGCUUUCCUAACGAUAAGAACGGAGAAAAGAAUGGGAUGCCUGUGGACGAAUAAAACUUCCUAAAGACCCGCUUCUUUGUUCUCUCCACUUUAGCCCUGAUGCCUUUGAGUCUUUUAGUAGACCACAGCUACCGAAAGAGCUUACAAACGGCUUUAACAAGAAAGGCCAGAUGCCAUCUGUUAGGAUGUAAACAUGCCGACGCGCGGCCGCUAGAGGAGUUUUUCAGCGCGGAUUUCCCUCGAUAUCCGGGGCGUUUACACUCCUUGUGGGGAAAAAUCGAUGGUACAGCAUUUGGUUUAAACCUAUACUUAUAUCCAUCGCCACCUGUAAGCUCUUUCAGUAGCUGUGGUCAUCAUAUCAGUAUUUUAUUUUCCGAGUUGUCUAUAGUUGUGCUGUGGUAAAAAUAGCAACAGGUAGCGCUAGUAGCUCAACGAGUGCAACCAUUUUACGUCGUCAGAAAAAUGGCGCCCCCCAUAGUUCAAAAUAUGUAUAAAAGGAGGUGAUUUUUUAAAAUAACAGAAAUCUUUAAUGGGUUUUCUGCUACAUAUUUCGGUAAGAGACAUCAUUUACGUUAUAUUAAGCCAUACAAGUCUUAAUACCCAGGGAUCCCUUUAAGAGUUGGUUAAUCAAGUUUGCACUUUGAUAAAAAAAAAAAGAAAAAAAAGUGGUAUUUGACAGCAUCUUAAACAUUAAUCGUUUUAUUUACGUAUCAGCAUACAGGUGAUGGUAAGGGUCAGUGUGAGUCUCUCGUUUGUCUCCUGUCACUUCAAUAUGCAACAGGUCGCUUCAGGAGUGUCUUCCAUUCAAAGCUGCAAGAGUAUGGAAGCAGAAUAAUGACAAUAGUUUUUGAAACAUAAAGCAUGCUGAAUUCCACAAAUCGAAAAAAAAGAUGCAUUGCAAUUAACAGUGCUUGCAUUUUAAUGCCUUGUAUUUCCAGGGCUUGCAUUUUUAGGUCCUGAAAUUUAACAUAGUUGUUUAUUUAAGCUGUGAAUAUUUCAAUUCAAAAUAUUUCACACACAUUUUCUUAAUUAAAAAUUCAAUAAUUCAUAUUCACCUUCCAGAAUUCACUUCCAAAAUAUUCAAUCUGUUUAAAAAUACGAUGUAUAAUAUUCGACAGGCAAAUUUCAGUCAUUUUAUUUCACUUUCCAAAUUCGCUGCCACAAAUGUAGUGGUUAAAAUUCGGCAGAAAAUUCUGCGCUGCACAUCCGGGAACCACAGGAAUAGCAGUAGAGCACCGAUGCAUGAUCUUCAGCUGAUGUCAGCCGCUCACCAGCAGGCGGCGCAAGCGGCUGUUGAUGAAGGCCAUAUGUGGCUCAAGUCACUCAUUUACAAAAAUUGAUUUGCAGAAAUGGAGCUAGCGCUAGAAGUUUUGAUUAUGGGGCCAGUAUAAACAUGUGGAAACGCUGAUUGUGUGUAUGUUUAAUUCAACAUUUUCGCUGUUUCCUGUAACCUACAUAUAAGCAGUUUUCUCUACCACAAAGGAGAUUAUAAUGCUCUUUUACCCAACGCUGAAGUACAGAACUAACAUUACAUCUGAGGAAGACAUAUAUUGCUUUCGGUCAAUUGCAUUUUUUUUGAUCAGCGCAGUCAGUGGAGAGCAACUGCGCGCGACUGCUCAAUCCGACACAGCCGCCUCGACGUCGCGAGAGUUUUUUGGCACACGUCAGGAUGACAUCAGAGCAAGGCGGACGUAACUCGGACACUUUUCUAACCGGCAUGCAUCUCGUGGUGAUCGUUUCUGCGCAGAUUUUGCUCACCUCAAACAAGCCUAGUAUCUUAUAAAAUACAUAUACCAGUAGUAAAUGAGGUAAAACACUUACUUUCAGUGUUUUCCUUGUUAAAACCAUGGUUAAAACCAACUUCCCCGUCUGCUCGCGCCGCGAGAGAAAGAAAAUAUAUCUCUAAAAAAAAUGUUUAGGAGAGCACAGCACAUAAGUAUGGCUAUAAAUUAAUAUGAUGUUAUAAAAUACAUAUUUUAAAUGAGAUUAAAACACUUACUUUCGGAUUUUCCCUUUUAGAAAAGUCCUCGUCUGUUCCGCAUCGCGAGUGAAAGGAAUAAAUGACAUUGAUAAACGCUUAGGCACACACAACACUUUGAAAUAAUUAUAAAACGAUAUGAUAUUACAAAACACACUUUGUGAGUAGGAUUAAACACUUUAUUUUACUGUUUUCCGUCCUAAUAUGCUCUGCAUCGCGAGCAAAGAAAAUGGCGUCUGUGACUCACACUCGCACACGAGAAAAUGUCCCGGAUGUCACUAACAAUACUCAACGGUGUUAAUAAGGGUAAUUCUCCGUAUUAACACCGGCCAGAGGGUGCUGUUUACACUAGCUAGUGUUAAUCCUUUACAAUUCAACACCACAACUUUAACUCUUUACUCUAAAAGUACUUAACACCAGGUUUUCAACACUGGAGAUUUUGCUGUGUUGGAUUUUUUCUUUUUUGUUUUUAACACACAUUUAACACAUAACACUAAACGUGUUGAAAUAGUCAUAACACACACACAAAAACCCCCACAUAAUUUAACAUCCUUUACAUUUACUGUAUUUUGCAGAACUGAGAGACGGCUGUCUGGGAGAUAUAUAAAGUCUUAUCGGGAGACUGUUGCAAAUAUAUCCAAUUCCAAUAUGCAAUUAGGUUGAGGAUACUACAUUUAUUUAUUUUUUACUGUCGGCCUACUGUAA